AUGGAUUCUAACACUCGUCCUUCUUAUAUCACACCCCCACCUUCCUUUACCCAAAGCACAAAUCCAUACCAUUCAGUGGGAGAUGAUACAUAUUCAUUUGCUGCACUUGUGGCCAGUACACCAUCCCAUUCAGGUUUCCGUCCACAAGAAUCAGCACUUGGCUCGGACAUGGACUUCGAUAUAUCAUCGACCCUCCCGAAUCAGCCAUCGAUUGUAACUAGCAAUGACCAUAACGAUGCCAUGAUCUCUAUCUCCACCUCUUUCCAUCCAAAUACACGGCCAACUCCUGACACAACCUUCUCAGCUGGGGACGGUGUAAUUUUCUGUGUUUAUUCCAAAAUCAUACUGGCAGUCUGCCCCACAGCAUUCUCUUCUGUCAUAGGUGAUCCCUUGUCUCAUCCGAGGUUCAGGACGGAGACUAUUCUCCUCGAUGCACCGAGCGCCGAGGUCAAUAUAAUUUUUCACGCCCUAUAUGGUACAUCGCCUGCAUCUAAUCGCCCAGAUUUUGAGACCCUUGUGCGAGCAGUAGACCGCAUGCCAACGUAUUCGCUCUCUCCCAAGGCACUCAUCCGACCAUCAGGAAGCUUAUACGAACUGCUUCUCUUCUAUGCACCACUGCACCCCGUUGAUGCUUAUGCACUGGCUGCCCAUCACGAGCUACACCCACUCGCAGUCAGUGUUUCUCCUCAUUUGCUCUCAAUAAAGAUCCAGAGUAUAUCGGACGAGGCCGCCGAGCGUAUGGGUGCGAUCUACUUCAAAAAGCUGCUUGAGCUUCAUCUAGGACGCUUUGCGGCAUUGAAAGGGAUCCUUCUCCGGCCUCCGCACCCACAUCCAGCCAGCAAGACGUGUAGCUUCGACGAUCAAAGAAAGAAUAUACGAGCAUGGGCGCUUGCCAGCGCAUCUCUAGUUUGGGAUGCAGGGCCUGAUCUCUCAUCACAGAUGAUACGUAACGCUCUCAAUCCUACCACGGAGAACUUGACGUGUGAGAUGUGCCUGCAGACUCUGAAGGACAAAAUUAAGGACGUGGUGGUGCAAUGGUCGUCCGUUCGGCGCACGAUCUGA